GGGCAGCACAGCUGUUACAGAGCCGCGCUGGUCCCUCCUCCCAGCUGCGGCUGCCUCAUCUCCCCCCACCCAGCCCGUCCCUCCCCUCCGCCGCUCCCGACGCUGCUGCUGCUGCCGCCGCCGCCACCUCCUCCUCCCCACCCCCACCCUCUCUCUCUCGCUCCCCAUCUCUCUCUCUCUCCGUCCCGUUCCCCCCUGCCCCCGCCUCUCCCCGCCCUGCCGCCGCCGGCCCUGGCAGAGCAGGCACCGCAGGGGGAUCUCGAUGUAACACCAUGACAGGCAUCGCCGCCGCCUCCUUCUUCUCCAACGCCUGCAGGUUCGGGGGCUGCGGGCUCCACUUCCCAACCCUGGCGGAGCUCAUCGAGCACAUCGAAGACAACCACAUCGAUACAGACCCACGUGUAUUAGAGAAACAAGAACUUCAGCAACCAACCUAUGUUGCUUUAAGCUACAUUAACAGAUUUAUGACCGAUGCAGCUCGACGUGAGCAGGAGUCUUUGAAGAAGAAGAUUCAGCCAAAACUCUCUUUGACUUUAUCAAGCACAGUGUCCCGUGGGAAUGUAUCUACUCCACCUCGCCACAGCAGCGGAAGCCUUACUCCUCCAGUCACCCCUCCAAUCACUCCCUCCUCUUCGUUUCGCAGUAGUACUCCUACAGGUAGUGAAUAUGACGAGGAGGAAGUAGACUAUGAAGAAUCGGACAGUGAUGAGUCCUGGACUACAGAAAGUGCUAUCAGCUCAGAAGCUAUCCUUAGUUCCAUGUGCAUGAAUGGAGGGGAUGAGAAACCUUUUGCCUGUCCUGUUCCUGGAUGUAAAAAAAGAUAUAAGAAUGUGAACGGUAUAAAGUACCACGCCAAGAACGGCCACAGAACGCAAAUCCGCGUACGCAAACCAUUCAAAUGUCGCUGUGGAAAGAGUUACAAGACAGCUCAGGGCCUGCGGCACCACACAAUCAAUUUCCACCCCCCCGUGUCUGCUGAGAUUAUCAGGAAGAUGCAGCAAUAACAUGCUGGUCACAAAUGUGCCAAGAAAUCCUCACCAGCAGUUGCUGAUUUUCAGAACAGCCACCUUUUUCAGGGGAAGCAUUCAGCAACCCUUUAAAAACAAAAAUUAAAUGCAUGCUUUAAAGUUUUCUGUAAUUUUGGAAUGAUGUAUCUUUGUAGAGUUAAUGAUUUUGUACAUUUGCACAUGUAAUCAUCAUACCCAUUUUCAUUACUUUGAGAUAAGGUGCUAUAAAAAGCUAUAGGUUCUUCAGAACAUUUUUCUCCAAAACAAAAGAGAAAUGGGGGGAGGGAGGGGGCGUUGCAUUUGUAGUUGUACCCGAGUGUUGAAGGGGAGCGAGAGGAGGAGAGCUUGGCGCUGACACCCUGUCACGGUUGUACCGUGAUGAAGGCUUUUUCAACGCGUCCGUCAAUGUGUGUGCAAAACCAAAACAAGACCCACCCUCGUCAAACUAGAGUUAACAUGCCUUACGUAAUGGAGUUAUCAGUGGAGUAGCAAGUCUUUUAGGUAAUGGAAAUAUAAAUAAGAAAGAAUGUUUAACAUAAUAUGCUAAAAAUAUUUUCAUACUUAAAUAACAUACAUAAAAAGGUGUGCUUGCUGUAUUUUAUAUUAUCUUGCAAAUCUUUGGUUUUUUUUUUUUCCCCUCUUGAAAUGCUGAAAAUCUUGCCAUUCGAACUAGUGAACAAUCACUUUAGUGUUAGUAGAAAUUGCUACUUUUUUUUGGGUUUUUUUUUGGUACAAGAUGUCACAUUAUGUUCAUGCCCAUCAAACUUUUGAGGACCAACAUCCCAGUCCAACUAAAUAGUUACCCCUGAGCUAUCUCUUAGAAAGACACUUGGAAAUACUUAAGUGCAAAUUUAUGUGUGUGUGAGAAACAAUUAUCUUCAUCUCAGAUGAAGUUUUAAAGCACUUUGUAGUUCUAUAUUGCCAACAGAUUUAAUGUUUUAUGUGUUGCCAAUUCUUGCAACUACUGUACGAGCGUGUGCCCGUGGUUGCAAAUAAAAAUCGAAAAUUCUACAUGUGGUUUAAGGAGGUCCAUUAUUUGUGUGGAGGGAGUUGCUAAUGCCUCUCCCUCACGUUCAUUGUAUUUUGAGACUUUUAUUUCCUUUGUGCAUUUAUUUUGCUUCUCAUUGUAGGUCACUGCAUCCCAUUUGGAAGUGUCUGUUUAGCUUUACGAUUAAUUUUGCUGAAAUAUGACAUAUGAGCCUUACUGAAGAUUUAAAGUGCUUCUUGCAGCAGGCGGUCAGAGACUGACUAAGAACAAAAGCCAACCUGAGGGCGGUUCGUGUCUGGACCAAACCUGAAUGUUUGCUCCUGCCUUGCGUGUUUUUCUCUCCCAAGUGCUAUUCCUGGAGUUUGGGGGGUGACAGGGGGGCACCGCCUGCCCUGCCCCAGCCUGGAACCACGUCUCACAUGGUGAGGGUCAGGGAGGAACUCACAGUGUUGAACACAGUAAUGGCCUUUGCUCAGUUCCUGUUGCUUUAAGUGCAAAGGAAAGCUCAAAGACAGACAGAAUGAGCCUUCCCUUCAUUUUUUUUUUCCAAAGCUUUAAAGGAAAACUUUGUGAGGAUGACAAUUACCUAUUCUCCAGCAGAGCCUCAGUCUCAUUUAAACCCUUAGGAAUCAUCCUAAUGAAUAAGCCUUUUGAACAUGCCUGCUUGACCUAAACCAUGAGUUUUUCUGAUCCCAUUGAGGUGACAGCGCUUGUACCGCCCAGCGCUGUGAGCCGGGGCUGAAGGAUGAUGAUCCAGACAUGAGCUGCUGCUGCACACAAGGCCCCAGGUGGCCCCUUCCCACCUUCUGCAGUUUUGGCCAGCACAUCUGGCCAGCAAAGCCCUUCUGGCUCUGCUCCUGGUGCAAGAAACCACAGGCUGGGUAAGUUCCUUCAACAGCUAAACAGUCAUAAAACAUCAUUGUUGCAUGUAAAUUCCUUUCAGCGAUGAAAAAAAAGAAAAAUUCCAGUUUCUAUUUACCUAUUCAUUGUGACAGUAUUAUUAAACAGGUAAAGAUGGGACUAUUUUGUUAUACUGUGUAUAGUGAAUGUAUUGUACUGUGUCUGUGAAAAGUGUGCUUUAAAUUAUAUUUUCAUAUGUUUUGUUGGGGACAAAGUACUUUAAGUUUGAAAGUGACAGAGGUUUGUUUUAGAACUGAAGGCAACUUAAAGAAUUCCUGUCAAGAAAGCUGCUUAUAAAUGUAAAUCAAAUCACAUUUAAAAUAAACUGCCUCUGACCUAAAA